AUGUACGCAAUCAGAAGCCUGCCCACCAUGGUUCAGCGGGAGCAAAGGGAGGAAAAUGGUGUCCAAGAUAUGACACAGUUAGAUGAGAUGCAUGAAGGAGCUAUUCUGCUGAAUAUAAAGAAACGGUUUGAGAGAGAGCUUAUUUAUACGUACAUAGGCAACAUUCUGGUGUCUGUGAACCCCUAUAAGAUGCGCAACAUCUAUGGGACAGACAUGGUGCUCAUGUACAAGGGCCAUACCUUGGGAGAGAACCCUCCGCAUUUGUUUGCCAUAGCAAAUGCUGCUCAUUCCCAAAUGAUGGAUGCCAAACAAAACCAGGUCAUAAUAAUCAGUGGGGAGAGUGGGUCUGGAAAAACUGAGUCCACCAAACUCAUCCUCCGCUACCUAGCGGCAGUACUUCACAAAACGAAUCUUGCACAACAGAUUGAGAUACUUCAGGCAGCUCCUCUUCUGGAAUCUUUUGGAAAUGCCAAAACUGUGCGGAAUGAUAAUUCCAGUCGCUUUGGGAAAUACACUGAGAUCUUUAUGGAGAAUGGUAUGAUCAGCGGUGCCAUAACCUCUCAGUAUCUACUGGAAAAGUCCCGUAUUGUCUUCCAGGCCAAAAAUGAGAGGAACUAUCACAUCUUCUACGAGAUGCUGGCAGGUCUUCCUUCGCAGCAGAAGCAGGCCUUUUAUCUACAAGAAGCUGAAACCUACUAUUACCUCAACCAGGGAGGGGAUUGUGGGAUAAAAGGGAAGAAUGAUGCAGAGGACUUCCUACGUCUGCUUUCCGCCAUGGAAAUCCUUCACUUCACCGCAGAUGACCAGUCAGCCAUCUUUAGAGUUCUGUCUUCCAUUCUGCACCUGGGCAACGUUUACUUUCAGAGAUACGAGGCUGAUGGCCAGGAGGUGGCGUCAGUGGUGAGCGCUCAGGAGAUCAGAGUAGUUGCAGAGCUGCUGCAGAUCUCACCAGAGGGACUACAGAAAGCCGUCACCUAUAAAGUCACAGAAACAAUGAGGGACAAGAUCUACACUCCUCUGACUGUAGAAAGUGCUGUUGAUGCCAGGGAUGCUGUUGCCAAGAUCCUAUAUUCGCUGCUCUUCCACUGGUUAACAGAGAGGAUCAAUGCUCAGGUGUACCCUCGCCAACACACCGUCUCCAUCUCCAUCCUGGACAUUUAUGGAUUUGAGGAUCUGGCCUUCAACAGCUUUGAGCAGCUUUGCAUUAAUUAUGCAAACGAGUAUCUGCAGUUCUUCUUUAACAGGAUCAUAUUCAGAGAGGAACAGGAGGAGUACAGCAGGGAGCAGAUCCCGUGGCAGGACAUCAUAUUCAACGACAACCAGCCGUGCAUCGACCUCAUCGCUGCUAAGCCUCAUGGGAUACUGAGGAUUCUGGAUGACCAGAGCUGUUUCCCUCAGGCAACAGACAACACUUUUCUUCAAAAGUGUCACUAUCACCAUGGUGGGAACCCACUGUAUAUGAAGCCAAAGAUGCCCCUCCCAGAGUUCACAAUCAAGCAUUUUGCUGGUCGGGUCACUUACCAGGUUCACAAGUUCCUGGAUAAGAACUACGAUCAGGUGCGUCAGGAUGUCCUGGACCUGUUCAUUCAGAGCAAGAACAAGAUGGUAUCAAACCUCUUCCUGGUUCAUGCACAGGUCGUGGGUCAGCAGAGAGGAGGCCACAUAAGGAAGAGCAGCACGGUCACCAGAAAAUACCAAGCUCCCACCAUCAGCAGCAAGUUCCAGCAGUCCCUGCUGGAGCUGGUGGAGAAGAUGGAGAGCUGCAAUCCUUUUUUCAUUCGCUGCAUUAAGCCAAACAACAUGAAGCAACCAGGUGUGUUCGAGGAUGAACUGGUCAGCAGCCAGCUGCGACACUCUGGUGUCAUGGAGACCAUUAGGAUCCGCAAAGAGGGAUAUCCAGUCAGAAUGCCGUUCCACGUCUUCCUGUUCAGGUACAAGUCCCUGGUGGGGAUACAGACACUUCCAGUCGCAAAUGGAGAGAACUGUGUGUUGCUGCUCAGCAAACUGUGUCCUCUCCGACCAGGAGCCUACCACGUUGGAGUCACAAAGUUGUUUCUAAAGGAGGACAUCUACCAGCUGCUGGAGUGUAAACUGGAGCGCGCUCGUCAUCUUGCUGCUCUCACCCUGCAGCGUUACACUCGCAUGUUCUUUGUCAGGAAACGCUACGUUGACUUCCGCAACAAAAUCAGCAGGUUUCAGGCACGCUGCCUGGGCUUCCUUGUUAGGAAGCGCUAUGUGAAAAUGAGGGAAAGUCUGGUCCGUUUCCGCUCUCUGAUCCACAUGUAUGUCAACCGCAAGCAGUACAUUAAGAUGAAGUUUGAGGCCAAGAGGAAGACUGAAGAGGAGAGGAGGAGGAGAGAGAUGGAGCUCACCAAAAGGGAGGUGGUUAAUGUCACACACUUGGUGAUCCCUGCAGAACUGGGCGCUUUGCUGCAGACAGCGGGAGUCCGGAGGGAGUUGCACUCAGACUGUUUGGCUCUGCUUCAGGCUCCUCAUAUCCAGGAUGAUGCCCAACUCACGUUGCCUCUGGACAUCAACAACUACCCUUUCUUCCGUUAUGUACAGAUUUACUUCAGGGAACCAAAGUUUGGGAUGUUGAUGGCUCCUCUGGAGUCACCUCUGACCCGUGUGGAGGAAGAUCUGAGAGGAGAAGCUCUGGAGCUUUUCAACAUGGUGUUACGGUUUAUGGGAGACCCUCACCUGAAUGGGGCACAGGAAAACAUGUUCGGGAAUUACAUCGUCCAAAGGGGCUUGUCAUCUCCAGGGUUACGAGAUGAGAUCCUGGCACAGGUUGUCAAUCAGGUGUGGAGGAACAUAAACCCUGACAAUGCAGAGAGAGGCUGGCUGCUGCUGCUGGCAUGUGUCAGCAGCUUCGCCCCAUCCCCCAAGAUGGACAAAUAUCUGCUCAAGUUUGUGUCGGACCACGCUCCUGCUGGCUGUCAGGCGUUGCUGCAACACAGACUCAUCCAAGCUAAUCAGAAGGUGCAACUAGGCUCAAGCUCCGCCCUUGAGACUGCACGGACAUAUCCACUGUCACUGCUUGAGUGGACCGCCAAUAGGAAGAAGGCCAACAUGGUGUUGCACGUGCACUGUCUUGAUGGAGGCUCCUUCCUGUGUCCUGUCCAUUCCUGGACCAGCGGAGAGGAUUUAGCAGGAAACAUUCUGCGUCACAGGGGAGUGUCUGACUGGUGGAGGGGGAGUUCAGUUCUGAUGAAGGAGCACGGCCAAUGGGUGGAGUUAGCUGGUCACGACUAUGUCAUGGACCUGAUUGCAGAUAUGGAACUUCCCAUGGAUUUCCCAAAGCAGAAGAGUUACUUCAUUAUCAGCACUUACAACCCAGCUAAAGUCAGAGCUAAUGCCAGCCUUGCUUUGUUUGGCGGUGGCUUUGACUCGGAUGAGGAGCUUUCUUCCUCCUUUGCUCUCAGCAGCAGCAGACCCGCCCACAGUCUGCCUGACUCUGAUGGUUACUACAGCCACGCAGAGUCAGAAACAUUCAGUGAGGGUCAGCCUCAGAGAGGAAUGGACCGCUACCUGGACAGCCUGUUUGACCCUGUGCUGUCAGACAGCAGCACAGACAUGGAGAGGACUGGAAGUUUGUCAGAAAGGAUGAAGGGAGGAGGAGGUAUAGGCAUCACAGGAGAAGGAAGCGGAGAGGGGGAGAGCCGUACAGCUUCCAGUCGGCCUUAUCCACCAGGAAUACAUCCUGGAGGAUCGGAGCAGGCGGUACUGACUCAGCAGCAACAAGCCAUCAUCAACCAGCAAGCCAUUAUUCUGGCCCAGCAGAUGACCAUGCAGGCUAUUGCAAUCCAGCAGCAAAUGCUGUCUUCCUUCCCCCCUGCUGCUCCAGCCCCCCAAUCACCACCCUCAUACUAUCAUGCACACUCACAACAGCACUCACGCACACCCAGUCCUACCAAAGAGAGUGAGGAGUUAACAUACAAGCCGAGCCCUGCUGCUGUUCAACGCAAAGCGAGUCCAUUACGUGGCCCCCCUCCUGAGGAUGUGGUCCGCUCCACUGUGAAUAACACUGAGCGUUUAGACCCCAGCCAUGACAUCAAAGACAUCGUCAAACAGCACCAGCCUGCAGGCACAACAUCUUCCUCUGGAUCUCCCACGCAAAGGAGAAGUGAUGGAAAGAUGUUUGCAAAGAAGCCAGAUCCUCACGAUGAAGCUAUGGAGAUCCUUAAAGAUCAAAUGGCAAACCCACCACAACCGACUCACAAAAAGGCUUCAUCCUCCCAAUCUAAAGGAGAUAGAGGACUCAAGGCUACCCAGAAAACCAAGCCCUCCCCCCAAGGGCCAACUAGCUCCAACGUAAGCCCCGCCCCUCCUCCAGUCUCCAGAGAUUUGCCAGUUGAGGAGGAGAUCAUGCAGACUCAACUCCACAGCAGAACCAGUGAUGAAUAUUACACUUACUCCAACGUCCCAUGGAAGCUCUAUAUGAGGAAAGAGGUUUUUUAUCCUAAAGAGACCUUCAACAAUCCACUGAUCCUAGACCUGCUCUUCAGGCAGGUUGUACAUGACACCCUCUCUGAGGCUUGCAUCCGUAUCACCCAGGAGGAGAGACAGAAGAUGAAAGCCCUGUUUGAGGAGAACAAAGUGGAUCAGGUUUCAGGAACAUGCAGUGAGAAUGUGAAGAAGAAAGUGGUCACCAUGGCUAGAGACUCGUGGGAGAUCUACUUCUCUCGCCUCUUUCCAGCCUCUGGCAGUGUGGGGACAGGAGUGCAGGUGUUGUCUGUGUCUCAUAAAGGCAUCAAGCUGCUGAAGAUGGUGAAGAGCAGCUCUUCUGCUUCAGACUACUUCAGAGUGCUGAGGCCUUACAGCUAUUCAGACAUCCUGUUUGUGUCCAUUCCAUCUAAGAACAUGCUUGAGUUUAACCUGACCAACGAGAAGCUGAUCUUGUUCUCCGCAAAAGCCCCGCAGGUCAAACAUAUGAUUGACUACUUCCUCACAGAACUUAAGAAGGACUCAGAGUAUAUGGUGGCAGUGAGGAAUUACAUCACUGAAGACAGGAGCCAGCUCAGCUUCCACAAAGGGGACAUCAUCAGACUACAGCACAUGGAUGGGCUGGAGGCUGGUAAACAUUACGGCUGCAUUGUGAGGAAGAAGGUCAUGCUUCUGGAGGAGUUAAAGAGAGACACUGCUGAGUUUGGCUGGCGGUUCGGCGCUGUGUAUGGAAAGUCUGGAGUGUUUCCCAUCGAGUAUGUCCGUCCUGUGGCUGCUCCAGACUUCUUGGUUCUGCCUCCUGAACGUGUGGAGCCCCGAGACCGGCAGGGACGAGUCGCCGCCUCAGCUGCUGUUGCUGUUGCGAUGGGCUCAGCUGUAGCUGCUCAUGAGCUUGACCUCUCCACAGAGGUAGUAAAUGAGAUGUAUGGAGACAGCCUGAGUGCCGAACUGAACGACCUGCCUCUGCACAGCAGCCAGUACCACAUGGCUGAGUUUGCCAAGAAGUACUUCAGAGAAGCACAGAGAAACAGGAGCGAUCAGAAAGCGAAAAAGGGGAAGGAGGCCAGGGACCCUGCUGACAUGGUCAAAUUCUCCAAGUCUCCAAUCCAGGAGUCACUGAUUGACUUCUCAGACAGUGGGAUGAACAGGGUGGCUGCUGACAUCUUCUUAGCUAUAAUGAAGUUUAUGGGAGACUUCCCACUGAAAGGCCAGACUGAGCAGGACCUAGUCACCACUAUAUUGAAGUUAAGUGGUGACCAUGGCCUGAUGAAGGAUGAAGCCUACUGCCAAGUGAUGAAGCAAGUCACUGCCAACACCAGCUCCAAACCGGACAGUUGUCAGAGAGGAUGGAGGCUGAUGUAUAUUCUCACAGCUUUCCAUCGCUGCUCUGACGUUAUGAAGCCAUUUCUGUUGACAUUUUUCCAAGAUGCAUGUGCCAGCCCUGGUCUGCUGUACCAAGGUAUUGCCAGUGCAUGUGAGCAGAAUCUGAGGAGGACUUUUCAAUAUGUGGUCGUGUACAGUAAUCCCAACAGCAUGGAGCUCAAAGCAAUGCUGGCUGGGCGUAGCUCCAAGAGACAGCUGUUCCUGCUCCCAGGUGGCAUUGAAAGGCACUUGAAAAUCAAGACAUGCUCUGUUGCUUUGGAUGUGAUCGAGGAGCUUUGCUUUGAGAUGGGACUCCAAAGGUUGGAGGCACUGGAUGAAUAUGCCAUCUUUUUGGUUACACACAAAGGUCAGAAUGUACGUCCCCUGAACAAGCGAGAGUACAUCCUGGACAUCGUCACAGAGGCAGAGCCUGUGGAUGCCAACUAUAGUCUUUGGAUCAGAAGGGUUAUAUGGAGUCUAGCUCUCAAACUUGACAAUGAACUCUAUGUCACCAUGCACUAUAACCAGGUGUUGCCAGAUUACCUGAAGGCCUUGCUGAGUGUGGUUCCUCAGGGUAAGCCCAGUGAACAGCAUCUGCAGCAGAUUGCCAGGCUGGCUGCCCUACAGCAUCGUGCCAAAGACACCAUCUACCUCCCCACAAUCCGUGAGGUGCAGGAGUGUGUCCCUCCGCAGUUCUACAGCAAAGAGGGUUCACAGCAGUGGCUGAAUAUGACAACGCAACACAUGCCGCAGGUCCAGCCCUUAAACCCACACCAGGCCCGUGCACAGUUCCUUGGUCUGGUAAGUGCCUUCCCCAUGUUUGGCUCCUCCUUCUUCUACAUCCAGAGUUCAGGCUCUUCCUCCACAUGCCCGUGCAUCCUGGCCGUUAAUCUGAAUGGACUUCACUUUCUCAACAAGGAUACACAUGAGACUACGGUGCGUUUCCCCCUGAAGGAGAUCCAAUCAACUCGCACCCAGAGACCAACAUCUGGCUCCAGUUACCCAUAUGUUGAGAUCAUGAUAGGAGACCUGCUUAACCAGCGUGUUGCACAGUUGCAGCUGGAGCAGGUGAGCCUGGAACUGUGCCGAGUCAUUGCCAUGCACAUGGAGAACAUGUUAUCAGUCAGAGAAAAGAGACUCACCUUUGCCACAAGUGAAAUCACUCUGCUAUAGCACAGACAGGAGGAUGUAAACACACAGAAAUCAUAGUUUAUUGCCUUAAAAAUGUACUCUAUCUACCUCUAUCUUAAGACAGAUUAUUUUUGUAUGUAAAGGCACUGUUUAUGCAAGUUGAUAAGUUGUUCAUUGUGAUCAUUUUGAAAAAGUGUUUUUCUUAUUAGGGCCAUGACACCUUUUUUUUUUUCCUUGAUUGAUCCAGUUAUUUUCUUAAUGUAUCAUUUGGCACAUAAAAUGUCAUUUAUGUCAGUCACAUUUGUAUUUCAGGAGAAACUGAGUCACACUUGACUGAAUGUCUCACUCAUUAAUGUUUAUAGUUUUACAUCAUUAUCCAGCUGCUCUGUCAUAGCACCUAUAACAGUUAAGGUCUCCUCAGUUAUAUGUCCCACUCUUUAGAAGAAUAGCAUGAUUUGCUUUGUUCUUGGGGCAAUUAAUUUAACGUAGCUGUGGUCUUCCAGAAGUCAGGAAGCCAGUUUAUUGCUGCAAAAAGAAACAUUUGCGUGCACACUAAAUAACAAGCAAACUUAUAUAACCUCAUCUUGCAUUUAACAUUAAUGGAAGCAUUUGGUUUGACAGAGAUAGUUUAGUUUUUUCUGACACAUUUCUGAUUGUCUGCUUUGCCAAAGGGCAAAGUCUUUUUUCACAAAUAUGUUUUGAGGCCACGUCACUAACAGUUUGCACUAACUUUCAAUUAUUUAUUUUUACAAUGAAUAUUUUUUUGUAA